CGUCGCGAGCUCCCGCACGUGGCCACUCUCCCAUAGCCUUACAGAUUGUCGCUCCAAAUCAGCGGUCGGGACCGAAUGUGAGGCAUGCUCACUCUCGCGCUCCUGCCAGCGGCGGUCCAGUGCGGAGCGAGGGGGGCAGGGAGAAGCGCGACUCAGCAGCGGGAUUCAAGGCAGUUUGCAGCAGUCACUUCCAGGAGGAUGGACGCAGAGAUAUGCAGUGGCUCCUUGUAUUAACCUUCAGCAACGGGAGUUUGUAUUACUUCAGAGAGGAGUAGAGAAACGACGGCUCAGAUCUGCGUGAACUUCACCAGCCUUUGGAAGCAUUGAAAAUACCAGGACGUUGUUUCUUCAGAAACGUUGAUUCUUCGGACGGUUUUGCUCAAGCGCUCUUCACGUAGUCAACGGUGUGUGUGAGAGCGGAGCUGGAUGCUGCGGCGGGACUCUGGGGAUGUGUAAAGUCUCCAUCAGUCCUGGAUCUCUCAGCUUUUAGGAGCUGCUCUCUGGGCCUCUGUGCAAGAGUGUGUAUCCUGGGCGUGUGUUCGCCAUGGCUCUAGUUCAGGCACUGCCUGUGCCCACUGAUCACCCUAAGCCCAGCGCUGACGUCCAGCAGUGCUGCUCAGUGUCUCACUCCCCCUCUGUAGCUGUGGCAGGCACCAUGGGUUCUGUCAGCAGCCUGAUCUCUGGACGUACCUACCAGGAGCGCCACUGCCGUGCCGCCAGCGACUUUGGUGCCAAGUAUCGCAAACCCACACCAGCUAUGAGCUGUUUCCGACAGCAGGAGGGCACGCUGCGCAGCGCCAGCUCACAGGAGCAGCUUCUCGCCAGCCAGCCUCCUCUACCUGCUAAGAACAAGUCCUCUGCCCUCAUCUCUGCUGGCAAUGGCAACUAUGGCUAUUUGAGUGACGAGCCAGUAGGCGACUGGAAUGAUAAUCAUGUGACCACGUGCAGCCCAUCAAGUGAUACUGAAGAGCCUCCUGAUAACAGAGGCAUGAAUGGUAAUAUUGGUGGCCCUCCACCCAAACUCGUCCCAGUGUCAGGCAGACUGGAAAAGAGUAUGGAGAAGAUACUGAUCCGUCCCACUGCCUUUAAGCCUGUCAUGCCCAAGAAUCGCAACUCUGUGCAGUACCUGUCUCCACGGUCAGGGGGCAGUCUGUCUGAAAGCCAGGGCAGCCUCAACCUCUUACUUCCUGGCAAUGGAGCGGGGUUGGGCUGUCAGGAAAAGCGUAACUCUUACAGUGGGGGACGCAACGCACGGAGUAGCCAGUCCUGCACUAUGUCCGACUCAGGCCGCAACUCCCUCUCUAGCCUACCCACUUACAGCAGCACAGGGUACAGCCUGGCACAGAGUGAAGUACCCACUGGGCACAUGGAAACCACACGCUCCGGUGGUGGCCACGGACACUCUAACUCUGACAGUGGUCGGUCAUCAUCCAGUAAGAGUACAGGGUCUUUAAGUGGGCGUGGCCAGCCCCUCUCAGACAACGGAUCGUGUGGCCGCUCCCCGGCUCCAGGAGAAGGUUAUGAAGGCGUAAUUCGGGAACUUGAGGAGAAGCUGAGGGAAAGAGACCUGGAGCUGCAGCAACUUAGGGACAACCUGGAUGAGAACGAGGCAGCCAUCUGUCAGGUGUAUGAGGAGAAACAGAAGCGCUGCGAGCAAGAGUUGGAGGACCUUCGGCAGAGCUGUGCAUCGAAGAUGAAGCAGGUGCAGCUGAAGGCACAACGGGCACAACAGGUUCUGCAGUUGCAGGUGUUUCAGCUGCAACAGGAGAAGAAGAAAUUACAGGAGGACUUCUCCCAACUGCUACAAGAACGGGAGGCAUUGGAGAAAAGAUGUGCCUCUUUUGAGAGGGAGCAGACUCAACUUGGUCCUCGUCUAGAAGAGACAAAGUGGGAGGUGUGUCAGAAGUCAGGUGAGAUCUCUCUGCUGAAGCAGCAGCUGAAGGACUUGCAGUCAGAUCUUGGUCAGAAGGCCAGCGAGAUUGUUGCUUUGAAGGCCCAGUUGAGAGAGGCUCGUUCUGAGCUUCAAGCUAGCCAGACUUGCUCGCAGGAAGCCCACGCCACAGCUCGCACUCGCACACUUGAACUAGAGGUUUGCGAGAAUGAGCUGCAGCGCCGUAAGAGUGAAGCGGAGCUCCUGCGGGAGAAGGUGGGCCGUUUGGAGGAAGAGUCCAUCCGUCUUAAAGAGGCUUUGGCGGUGCCCAUGUCCCAAGCUCUACCUUCUAAAGGCCAAUGCAUGAGCUUGCCCCUACCACAAAGCCGUGGGGGGAUCACUCAUGGGAUCAGCCCCGCUUUCCGGGACAACAGCAGCGAAGAGCAGCUUCUAGUAUACGAGAGUGAUGAGGCGAAGGUGCAGCGCCAGAGCGUGGAUGUGCUUCACGGUCUUCGUCAGCAGGUGGACCGACUGCGGGCAGAGCUGAUGUACGAGAGGAGGCGGAGCGAGGACCAGCUGGAGGGCUUUGACGAGGAACGCAGGGUGUGGCAAGAGGAGAAAGACAAGGUGAUCCGUUACCAGAAGCAGCUGCAGCAGAACUACAUCCAGAUGUACCGCAGAAACCGUGACCUUGAGCGUGUGAUGAGGGAACUUAGUCUGGAGCUGGAGAACAGGGACAUGGAAGAGUUUGACAUGCGUAGCAACGAGAUCCAUUUUGAGGAGAUCACUGCCACUGAAAUCUAACCCACAUCUUACUCUGCCCUCCCAAAAUGCAUCUCCACUGUGCUUGUGUGAGGAGCAGUCUUUCUGCCGUGUCAUUUGGCAUGCUUCUCUACACGAUUUCAAAAAGACUUGUGUUCAAGGCAAGUUAUUGUUGUGAUGUCUACAGAGGCCAAUAAAACAUGGAAUGUUUGUAUUUAGACAUCUUUAUGAUCACUUCCUGCCUCGGAAACCUGUGAGGGACUUCAGAUGAAUGUAAAAUGACUGUGAACAGCAGUUAAUUGGUGCCAAUGAUGAUGGGAAGGAUGUCCUCAAAGAUGGUGCUUUGUUGCUGACAAACCCUUAUCAUAAAACUAGGGCUGCCAUUCAGUUCAAUUAAUUAAACAAGAAAGAAAUUCUUUAAUAAGGAACAUAGGAGUUCACAAAAGACAAGAUGUUGAAAUAAACAGCAAGAUGAGACGUAACGGCCAAAGACGUUUAGUGUAGAGCGAACACUAGAAUGCGUCCUUUGUGAACUACCUUGGACAGACUGACAAACCCAAUUGCUAAACGGGUUGUUGUGAACCGUAGACCAAUUAUGGGCUUAUGUUCAAUUAUAUGAAGAAAACAAUCAAACAAGGUAUGAAACUGUCUAUUCAAUACUUUACUCGCCUGCUACAAUAAUGUAACUUAUUUCAUUUGGAAUUUUUUCCUCAGCAAACAUUGAUGUAUGCAGUUAUUUGCGAUUCAUUUGCACAGCAAAAUUACCAGUUAAAUCAACUCUGCUCGGAGUACAUAUGGUCCCUCUCUAAAUAGUGUUAAAGUAGCACUGAAGUGGAGUUAGUUAAUGAGAUAAUUAAGCGAUUAAUUAAGUGAUUAUUGAGCGUUAGUGAUGAACACGUGCUGUUAACAAGCAGAAUCAAUGAAGAAAGAGAAACACAAGAACUACAACUGACUUUAGCCACAGUCUUAUAUGAAAUCACCUGAAGAUAAAAGACAUUAUAUCCCUCAAGAACUCAGCAGAGGAGGAUUAUCUUUUCUUCCGUGAUUCUGCUUGUUAACAGCAGGCAUUCAUCACUAAUGCUCAUUCAUCACUUAAUUAAUUGCUUAAUUAUCUCAUUAACUUUAACUCUGCUUUAGUGUUACUUUAACACUAUUUAGAGAGGGACCAUAUAUACUCCAAGCAGAGUUUAUUUAACUCUGGUGAUUUUGCUGUGUGAUUAAUUAAAUUUGAUUGGCACUUGGCAGCCUUAAUUACAAUAUUUUCAUUAGUUCAACUAAAUACCUUACACACAAUCAGAGAAGACUGUCUCAGCAAAGAAAUAUACUGAAAUGGCUAAGAGAUAGAAGAACUGAUGGGAAGAAAUACAGCAUGUAGGCUAAGUGUUUCAUGGAGUUUAUCAUAUCCUAUAAUGGAAAGAGCACAAUACUUGCCUCGCCCAUUGUACCAGCAUUAACACUGAUGGGAAGGGACUUGGAGGCACUCUAUUGAGCAUCUCAUGUUAGGCCACUGAAACUGCAGAUUUGUUGCAUUCAUUCUUGGUGUUAUAGCUGUGCUGGUGUUAAGUCCUCAGUAACAUUGUGUCAUUUCUUCUCAGCCAUUUACAGCACUAUGCAGCAAGAACUGUCACCUCUCAUCUCACAGCCACGCUGCUUACACUACAUUUGAUACUAAUUACUGAUGUAGAAGUGUUAUUUUUAUAAUUAGAUGAUAUAUUGGCAGAUAUAACUAGCAAAUAUAGAGGAAAAUAUAUUUUUUCUUUUCUUUUGAGUAUUGCCUUGCACACUGUACAGAGUGAAUAGCAUGUGUGCAUGACACCGUAGCAUUUCUGUGGCCAGACAGUCUGGAGUCGAGUCACGUUAUGGCUUCACACAGGUCAGUGGGUUGGUUUUUCCAACCAAUUCUGCAAAGUAAUGACAUAGUUGAUGAAUGCAUAGAUAUCAUAAUAGAUUUGCAUACAAUCUAAGAAAUACUAAUCAAAUGUUUGUUUGUUAAAGGGAUAUAUACAAUAUAAACUUUGUUGUUUUUACAGAACAGAUCCUUUAAAACAAAAAAGAUAGGACGAAUUAAAUAUAUAUGUGAUGUAUAUUUUUAUAUAUAGCACCUCAAGCUAUUUUGUGGUAACACAGGUAACUUUGUGGGUUUAAUACAUAUGAAUUGCAUAUUUCACACACUGUUGUCCAGAGGAUCAUUUGCCAUCAGCUCUAAUAGUAUUUCAUACAGUAGUUGGUGCUUUUAUAUUCUCAUGGGGUCUACCGCACAUGUAUUUAUCGUGUCCUUCUCUGUUAAUAAUAUCCAGCAUUAUCACAUAAGGAUUUUUGAGCAUGUUGUAGAAAAUUGGCAAGAACAUUGCCUGACAAUAAGGCAAUGUUUGGGACACUAACUUUUUUGACAUCAGGGAAGACCAAUAAAAUCUAAUGACAAAAAAAAAUUAUGAAAUGAGGAACUCACAAAAUCACAUUUUAGCCAUCUCAACCAAAGAUAAUCUGCUACAUAAUUUCCAGAUUCUUUUAAACAGCCUAUAAUACAUUCACACAUUUUUUACUCAGUGCUUCCUUUUUUAUAAAUAUAAAACAAUGUGUUAUACUCUUCAUGACUCUACAGUAAAACAGACACUUUAUAUAUGUGAUAAUCAUUUUUGUAUUUUUUUCAUUCAAGGCCAAAUGAUUAAUUUCAGUAUUGGUCAGAAUGGAUUACUGUUUGUGAUUGGUCUGGUCUUGUAUUGCUUCUGGUCAUUUUUAACUACCUGAGAAUCAAAAAUAUGAAUUGGCAAUUUUUCUCACCUUGCUCAGAUUAUCAUCCCUCUUGUUGUCAUCAUCUCUGUAGCACAGAUAUGUUAUGAGUGUAAGAAUAAAACUCUUUCACCCCUAGACAUUGUCCUGUGCAUCCCUCCCUCAUGUCAAUCACGCCCCUGAUAAUAAUACAUGUAAAUAUUCCUCAUAUUGUAAUUAUUAUUGACAUAUUCAAUACAUUUGUUUUUACACACGCAAAAUAUCUAUUUUGAAGUUGUAACCACUGUGAAUAGACCAAAGCAAAUUAAUGUUUAAUCUUUUUGCCCUCAUGUAUGUGCUUGUUUCCUUUGUCAAUCUGUAGUAUUUUUAGUCAUGUAUGUAUAUUUUCAUGUUGUAUAUUUCUUGUAAAAAUGUGUUUUUGAUUAAAGAAAGUCACCUCA